AUGUCCAAACCCACGUGGGGCAAGUCCAGCGAAUAUGUGCUCGGCGCUCUCGUGCUGGGGCACUCGAUCAAGCGGAGUGGCUCCAAGCAUGCGUUGGUUUGUCUCUAUGCCGACGACGUGCCUCUGUCUUGCGUACUUCUGUUGUCCAGAAUUUGGGACUGCCGGCCCGUGCAGCAUAUCGCGGUGGCGGCCGACAAGCUGGGAAACUCCUCUCCAGGACAUCGCUUCGCAAAGGUCUUCACGAAGCUGCGUUCCCUGGAGUUGGUUGAGUUUGAGAAAAUUCUCGUGCUUGACAUCGACAUUUUCGUGCGCGGCAAUGUCGAUGAACUUUUUCAGUUACAAGCACCCGCUGCCAUGCGACGAGGGAUACACGGAUGGAAGGCACUGAAGACAGGAGAUACCCUGGAUGGGCGAGACUUCUUCAUGGGUAGGGAUUUCAGCGGCUGGUCCUGGGGCCAGGGAACAGGCAUAAAUGCCGGAGUUAUGCUCCUACAACCUGACCUCGACAUUUUUCACGAGAUGCUUGGUGAACUCUCAGAUCCCCAUCAUCCGGAGCACUGCGUGGGCAACGGCCCUGAGCAGGACUAUCUGAGCAGAUUCUGGGCGGAUGCGCCCUGGCGACACAUCGGUGUAGAGUAUAACUUUCAAAUCCACCAGAUGUUUCUGGCCCUCCAUCCGGACCGCGUGGCGAGCGCACACCGGAUACGGCUGCUGGAGGACCAGAGCCAAAUCAAGAUAGUGCACUUCUCGGGUGAUGACAAGGCAAAGCCUUGGCGACGCAUUCUCGACGAAAGCUUGUCUUCCUACUGGCCAGACAGGGCAAAGGAUGAUGCCUUCCUGUCUCUCUUCUUCCAAGAGUUUCAGGGCUACUGGCUCUGGGUGAAGCGAGACUCUGAAUGGCUGAAGUCCUCCAAAGAGGACCCGCAUCGUGGAUGGGAGUGCGCCGACCUGCAGAUCAGCGAUGGGCAAAUGUACAGGCAGCCUGCCGAUAGCGAUGCCCCUGCUGUUUGUGUGACGCUGUCCCCAGAGGUUGAGAAGUCGGUGGAUGGUUUCGUCCGCACUGUGCUUAAUGAGUGGUUCGAAGCCCUCGGAGAGUUGGAGGCGGAUUUGGGCUUGAACCUCCAGCAGGAGUUGCCAAGGUGCUUGAAAACUGACGAGCUGGCAGAGGGAGCCGAAGGUCAGCCUGCUGCUGAACCCCCGAUCACUUUUGCUCGUGAUAGCUUGUUCACGUGGAAACGAGAUGCCGGGUGGUGGACGGAGGAUUGGCCUGCGGAACCCUGCUUCAAAGCUACAGUGUUGUGCAGUGCUGCAGAUGCCGCGAUCUUUGUGACGUUUCUCGAGGACGGCGUGGCGACUCUGUGCGCUUGUCCAGAGAAUGCUUCAGGCAUCGCACACGACAUGGCGGUUGUCAGCAAGAUGGCCCGCCGGUCAAAAGGCUGUGUGGCGGUAGGUGGCGCUGUGGCUGCUGCCCUAGUGGCAGCCCCCAGCUUCCUUGUUCCCGGACAGGAUGUCCCUCGUCAGAUGCAGCUGCAGACGCACCAGGUGGCCAGCACAGCUUCGGCUGGUGACAAGGACAGGAACCUGAACAUGUCAGCCGCAGGUGCCAGCGCCGUGAGCAUGGGCGCAGUCGCUGCUUUGGGCUCACGCCGCACAGCCAAGCGCGGGCCGGCCAAGCGCAAAUCCACAGUGGCUGCUCGCUCCACCGAAGACGAUCGUCAGGGUCCCGGUCCUGAAGGCCUUCCAGAGCUCGUGGCCUUGGCUGAGCAGCUUCUUCGACAGCCCGAGCCGCAGCAGGUGGCUGUCCUGGUCCAGCGGCUUCAGGCUUUUGCUGCUAGCGAGCUCCGCCGAGGUGCAGUGCUUUCGGCCCCAGCUGUCAGGGCCUUCGUGAAGGUUGCAGAUGCCGGCGAGUCGCUGCGAGGUGGCGCCGAAAAGCAGCUUCGCUGGGCGGCCGGCGCUGCCGCAUCGCUUCUUUUGACUUACAGCGUCAGCCUGCAGCCGGCCGUGGCCGCGGAUGCUGUUAACUAUUCCGAUUUCAUGGAGUCCGUCAACCGUGGUGACGUGGAGAUGGUGCGUGUCCAGGAUGACCAGCUCUCUGCGCAGUACACCACCAAGGAUGGAGCUCGUCACGAGGUGAACUUGAUUCCCAACGCACAGCCGAUUGAGGACAAGUUGUUCAACACUCUUGCAGAGAAGAAGGUGGAUGUCGUCAUGCAGAGCCCUGGAGCCAACAGUGGCGGGCCUUUGGACUUCCUGGCACGCUUCGCGGGCCCCGUUGCCUGGCUGAUUGCAGGACUUCUCGUUCUCUUCGGAGGUGCUGGCAUGGGAGGACCCGCAGGACCUGGUGGCCCAGGCGGAAACCCGUUUGAGCUCGGCAAGUCCAAGGCUCGGAUCAUCAAGGACGGGGACACCAAAGUGAAAUUCGCAGACGUCGCAGGAUGCGAUGGGGCCAAGCAGGAGCUUGUGGAGGUCGUCGAUUUCCUGAAGAACACCUCGCGCUACUCCGAGCUCGGCGCCAAGAUCCCCAAGGGUGCUCUCUUAGUUGGGCCACCGGGUACGGGAAAAACGCUGCUGGCAAAGGCAGUGGCCGGUGAGGCGGGCGUUCCCUUCUUCAGCAUCUCGGCAUCGGAGUUCGUUGAGAUCUUCGCUGGGAUUGGCGCCUCACGUGUGCGUGACCUCUUCGAGCAGGCGAAGAAGUCAGCCCCCUGCAUCAUUUUCAUCGACGAGAUCGAUGCGGUGGGCCGCCAGCGUAGCGCGGGCUUCGGCCAGGGCAACGACGAGCGAGAGCAGACAGUGAACCAGCUGCUCACGGAGAUGGAUGGUUUCGAAGCGAACAAGGGCGUUGUGGUAAUUGCGGCCACGAACCGAGCCGACAUUCUGGACCAAGCCUUGGUGCGGCCAGGACGCUUCGAUCGCCAAAUUCAGGUGGAUCCUCCCGACGUCCAGGGCCGCUCCGAAAUCUUGAAGGUCCACGCCAAGGGCAAGAACCUGGCGCCUGGUGUUGACCUCGCAGCCAUUGCCCGGCAGACACCCGGCAUGUCUGGCGCGGACCUCGCCAACCUCCUCAACGAGGGUGCCAUCGUCGCGGCGCGCCAGAACAAGGCGGAGAUCGACUCCGACGACAUCUUCAAUGCACUGGAGCGCAUUGCGAUUGGCUUGGAGAAGAAGGAUGCCGUCAUGUCCGAGCAGAAGAAGCGGUUGGUGGCAUACCACGAGGCCGGUCACGCCAUCCUGGGUGCACUGAUGAACGAUUAUGAUGUCGUGGCGAAGAUCAGCAUCGUUCCCCGUGGGCCUGCCGGCGGAGUCACGAUCUUCAUGCCCUCAGAGGAGAGGCUCAAUUCCGGUCUUUAUUCGAAGGAGUUCCUGGAGAAUCGCAUGUGCGUGGCGCUGGGCGGGCGCCUGGCCGAGGAGAUCAUCAACGGCAGGGAUAACGUCACCACCGGUGCGUCGAACGACUUCCAGCAGUGCACGCAGGUGGCGAAGCAGAUGGUGAUGUCGCUGGGCAUGUCCCCGGAGAUUGGCCAGCGGCUCCUCGGAGGACAGCAGGGUGGUGGCCCUUUCAUGGGCCGCGACUUUAUGGGCCAGGGUGCACCUCCCAUGUCUCAAGCACUCAAGCAGAAGGUGGAUGCCGAGGUCAAGCGCAUCGUGGAUGAGCAGUACGAGCGCGGCAUGAAGCUCCUGCGCGACAAUAUGUAUCUCCUGGAUGAGCUUGCCAAGCAGCUCAUGGAGGAGGAGAAGGUCUCAGGCGAGCAGCUGAUGAAGUUGAUCAACAAAGCAGCUGCCGCAGGAAAGCUCGUCAUGGGCAACACGAAGAUAGCAGUAGCCGCCUACACAGGUGAGGUGGUCGAGACAACAGCCGACGUCUCCAUGCCUCGCAAGACCCAGUGCUUGCAUCCGGACAAGCCGAUGAUGUUCGCUUGUGCCGACUGCCCUCGUCGCGGCUUCUGCGGCUCUACGCGUGCUUCGCCACAGGGUGGCAAGGCCGCUCGCAGCGCUGUUGCUCGGCUCGGGCUGGCAACGCCUGAGGCCGAGAGCCGGGAGUCCACCAGCGAGGAGGUCCUGCGCCGCGUGAAGGACAUGUCCGGCGAGGUCUCCACCGGCGUUGCGCUGCCCGACACCGUUGUGAAGCAUGCUGCUGUUCAGGUUUUGGCAGCUCUCGCUGCCACCUCAGCACCGUUGGUGGCCAAGGCUGACGAUGUGCCGGCACUGCAGUCCAUGGGCACCCCACAGAUGCAGAUGCAACAGCCGGGCGGCGGGGGAUUCGCCCGCGUCACGGGACGUGUGACCUACUCGCGUCUCCUGGAGUUCGCGGAUGAGGGUUCGCUGAAGCGUGUGGACUUCUACGACCUUGGGCGCACGGCCGUCGCCACUGUGUCAGGGGGUGGCCAGCUUGUUUGCGAUCUUCCAGGUGCCACCACAGGCCUUAUCGAGAAGCUGACAGGCAAGGGUAUCUCGAUUGAGGUCCAUCAACCGGAGAAGCCAAAUCCUUUAUUCAAUGUCCUGGGGGAUGUCGCCCUCCCGCUGCUGCUGAUCGCAGGCCUGCUGUUCCUCCGCUCUCGUGCCCCCGGUGGCGGUGGCAUCCCAGGCUUCGGCAACCAAGGCCAGGCUAAGAUCAUGAUCACGCCUGAAACUGGCGUGAAGUUCGAAGACGUAGCUGGCAUCGACGAGGCGAAGGAAGAGCUUAUGGAGAUUGUGGACUUCUUGAAGGCACCCGAAAGGUUCGUGAAGGUCGGCGCGAAGAUCCCUCGCGGGGUGCUGUUGACAGGCCCCCCCGGCACGGGCAAGACGCUGAUGGCCAAGGCACUGGCAGGCGAGUCCGGCGUGCCGUUCAUUCAGUCUUCCGCCUCGGAGUUUAUCGAGCUUUUCGUCGGUGUGGGUGCCUCGCGUGUGCGAGAUAUCUUCAAGCAGGCCAAAGAGAAGGCUCCUUGCAUCGUGUUCAUCGAUGAGAUCGAUGCAAUUGGUCGCCAGCGCGGGGCCGGCAUGGGUGGGGGCAACGACGAGCGUGAGCAGACGCUGAAUCAGAUCCUCACAGAGAUGGACGGCUUCGAGGGCAACAGCGGUGUGAUCGUGGUCGCCGCCACCAACAGGUCGGACAUCCUGGACAACGCUUUGUUGCGUCCUGGCCGUUUCGAUCGCCGUGUGCAGGUGGGUCUCCCGGAUGUCAAAGGCCGUGCUCAGAUUCUGGAGGUCCACGUCAAGAACAAGAAGCUCGACGGCGAGAUCACGCUUAUGGACAUCGCCAAGCGUACCGCCGGCUUCUCUGGUGCUGACCUGGAGAAUCUGAUGAACGAGUCAGCUAUCCUUGCAGCACGGCGCAACAAGAAGGCCAUCAGCAUGGAUGAGAUCAACGACGCCACCGACCGGGUCAUCGCCGGCCUGGAGGGACGUGCACUGCAGGACAACGCGGCCAAGAAGCUUAUUGCCUACCACGAGGCAGGACAUGCCAUCGUCGGAACCCUGCUCCCGUACCACGACCCCGUGAACAAGGUGACCUUGAUCCCACGCGGGCAGGCCAAGGGCCUCACCUGGUUCACUCCUGGCGAGGACCAGAGUCUUAUCUCUGCCGCCAUGCUGAAGGCCCGUAUUGCCGGCGCCCUGGGCGGACGGGCUGCCGAACAGCUGGUCUUCGGAACCGGCCAGGUGACGACGGGUGCCGGGGGCGACCUCCAGCAGGUGGAGCGCAUGGCCCGGGCAAUGGUCACCCAGUUUGGCAUGUCCGAGGUCGGCUCCCUUGCAAUCGAUGACGGCGGCUUCAUGGGCCCCGACUACUCGGAGGAGCUCAGCGAGAAGAUCGACCAGGCCAUCAAGAACAUCUCGGAUGAUUGCUACCUCAAUGCACUGAACAUCCUGAUGACCAACCGUGCGUGCCUAGAUCGCGUUGCCGACGAGCUGACAGAGAAGGAGACCAUGACCGGCGAUCGCCUUCGGGAGAUCAUCGCCGAGUACGCGGAGAUCCCUGCCAAGCUCGAUGCAACUGGCGCAUUGCGUUCAGCAAGCGUCUUCGCGAAGGUUGCCGGCGAGGACAGGGUGGAGGCAGAGGCAGCAGUGGUGGCCGCCUGGGCAGAAACCUUGGCACCAGGCACGCCGCUGAUGCUGGCUGUCUUCGGGUCCGAUGCCGCGCCUUGGCUCCUUUGGGCCUUCCACCACCUCGGGGUCCAUGCAGAGCGCGAGCUCUACAACCAGGCUCGGGAGAGCACACGCCUUGCAAAGAUCGAGGGCACUCCCAAGGCCAUCUUGGACUUUCUUGCCACCAAGCGGCAGGCCGCCAAUGUCGCACUCCUUCUGCAUGAUGCCAACUGCCCACAUUGCCGAAAAGCUUUACCGGAGCUUGACCGCGUUGCGGAGGACUUCCGGUCAGAAGGGGUACUCUUUGCGCACGCAGACUGCACCCACGGCAAGGGCAGCAUUCAGAACGAAUUCAACUUGAAAGGCUUCCCUGGCUUCCUGUUCUGGAGACAAAGCGCUCCUUUGGAGGACUUGGUGGAUCAAGUUUUCGUCGUAGACACUGACAUCGAUUUCAUUCUGCGUUCCAGCCGCCUAGCGGAGAUUGGCAAGGAGCGUGACGGUGCGCGUCGCGCGCUGGCUGGAGUGCAAGUCACGGUGAAAGCCACGGAUAGCAAAGACAUGACCGUUCAGGUGGAAGGCCCCAGCGGUCAGCUGGUGUGGAUACCACAUGAGACGCUGCUGAAGCAGGGCCGGCGUUUGCCCUACAGGCGGGGAGAUGGAGUUGCUCGAUAUCGCAACGUCUGGGAAAAGGAACCGAUGACGCAGUUCCUGAAGCGCAUGAUGCAGCCACUUGUCACAAGCCUCCCCAGCCCGACUUUGGCUUCGUUGGAUGGCGAAGGGCCAGCACUGCUGCUCUGUUCGCGCACGCUGACUCGCGGUUUCCUCGAGGCUGCUGUGACGCACCAGCUCUCCAUGAGGGCUUUCCAGGCUGCGGAGUGCCCCCUGCAGCCCGAAGCAGGUGAGCAGGUGGUGGUGUACGCUCCAGCGACCACACAGUGGGCAGCAGUGAAAGGGAGGGCAAGGCCUGCUGCGGCAGCGGCGGGACAAGAGGUGAUUCAAAACGACCACUCGUUGCUCAAGUGGGUGUCCACGCACCGGCUCCCUGGCAUUGCGAAGCUCGGGCUCAGCAGCGUCUACUUCUUUUUGAACUCGGGUCCCUCAGUUCUCAUAGCCGUGGACGUCACGGACCACGAAACAAACAUAAUGGCCGAGACAAGGAUCAAGGAGGUCAUGAAGCCGAAGCGGGUCGGCCAAGUAGAUGUGUACACGUAUGGCGAAGCAGACAGAUUCUUUGGUGUUGCUGAUGGAACACUGCCUGGCUUCACAUAUUUCGGCGUUUUGCCAAACCACCUUCCUCGCGUUGUGGUCUUUGACGAUUCCGAUCACUGGGUCGAGGAUGCGCACUACUUGACAGUGGAGAAGUUGCCCGAGCAUCUUCCACGUGUGGCAAGGAUGUGGAGAAUGAGCAGCACUCCUCGAGGAUAUGCCCUCUGGAUUGCCAAGAAAUUUGUGACGCUCUACCUCAAUGCGGACCGGACAGCCGGGGCAAUGCUGGGGUAUCCUGGGCGGGUCUUCGUUGUGCUGCUGCUGGCUGUGCUGGUGUGGGCCCAGGCACAUCUCGUGGUGUGGCUGGCACGCGCCGCCUUCAAUUUCUUUUACGACAUCGUGGAAGGUGAAGCGCAAGCAUCGGCCAAAGAGCAGGAGACCAAGAAGGACAAGUGA